UCCGGUGUCUUCUGGGACACAUGACAGGUCCCAGAAGGCGCCAGGCCAUUCUUGCGCAUGUGCAGUGGGCACCCAGCUGUCACAGAAGCCGGCGCGGGAAGAAGAGGGAAGGACAACUCCACGAAAGUGGGAGCGGGUACCUGUCAAAUUCAGUCUCUGGUCAUCUCCUGUACUGUGUCCGCAGUCUCUGGUCAUCUCCUGUACUGUGUCCGCAGUCUCUGGUCAUCUCCUGUACUGUGUCCACAGUCUCUGGUCAUCUCCUGUACUGUGUCCGCAGUCUCUGGUCAUCUCUCCUGUACUGUGUCCGCAGUCUCUGGUCAUCUCCUGUACUGUGUCCGCAGUCUCUGGUCAUCUCCUGUACUGUGUCCGCAGUCUCUUGGUUCAGAAUAUUU